AUGACCGCGAUUCGAUGUAUUCUGCUGCUUUUUCUGGCGAAUUGUACGAAUGGUUCCACGACAAGCGUCGAUUUCAAGUUGAAGGGGAACGAGACGACGAUUGAGGAGGUCGAGUUGGAGCAGGAUUACGGUAAGAUGACAGAAACAGGCCAUCAUAUGGGAUAGGUGGAACAGAAAUGUUCACUUCAACUGCUUCUGAUUCUCUGAACUGAUUCUGCAACUCUCAAGUGCUCCAUCAUCUCAGGCUCACAAAGAGCCCUCUCUCUCUCUCUCUCUCAUCUAAUUACUCUCUUCAGACCCAUCAUCAUCAUCCCAUUUCCUCGCACUUCAAACGUCAUCGCCCGUGUCUGUUCUGGUGUCCAAAGAUGCCAAGUGUGCGGCCAUUCCUCUCCUGGAAACCGCCGGAAGUGCAGAUAUUGAGAUUCCACUGGACACGUGGCACAGUGUCAUGGAGUGCGGUUUCGGGAAGAACAAGGGGAAACUCUAUUUCCACGUGGCAAGCGAAGAGCUACCGGCUCACGGAACCCUCAGUUUCUACACCAAUCGAGCGGUUCUGCGGGCCGAACCGACGACAGUAUCCCAAUUGGAUGCGAACCGUUUUCAAGUGUCAGAGAACAACGCGUACACUCGGAAGAUCAAGUUGGAAAGUCUCGCCGACAGUGUCGAGAUUCGUUUGACGUCGGAGAAUGUCGAGAAUGCGUUGGACGUCUACAUAACCUUUUGCGCGACGAACAAGGGAAUUCUGUACACGACCUCCUACGCGCCGAGUUUGGACAUCACUCUCAGAAGCCCCCGGAUGGAGUUGUAUUACGGUACGUUCAUUCUGACUUCUUGAAUCGUUUCCAAUCUCCAGACGCCUACUCGUGCGACUCCAACAUCACCUUCUACAGUAACUCUUCUCAACCGGUCUCUCCCCUCAUCAUACGGUACUUUCAAACAUUCUCGAAGCUUCUAUCACACACACUUUUUCAGUUUGGAGUCCCAAUACACAAUAAACGGCACGAUAAGUGUGUUCGUAAACGGAAAAGAGCCGAAUGCGGAUAGCCACGUGGCACAGUACGAGACGGGAACGUACACGGUCAACGGGGGAGAGCAGAAGACGUUCGAGCUGAGAUAUCGGUCGAAUGUGCAGAAUAUCCACGCGUUUUUGGAUGUUGUGUAAGCCUUCCGACUUUGAAUAGAAGUUUCCCUUGAUUUCAGCACCGGUUCCAUUUCUGUCUACUUGUCCCCGUGCAAAACGGUUCCGAUGGAUGUCUAUUACUCGGAUUUCGCAAUUAGCGCUCAUCAAAUCGAUAUCAAUUUGGAGAAUCUGAUUGCCAAUGUGAGUGAAAAGCGAUUGAACAAUGUUAUUUUGACAUGAAAACAUUUCGCGCAUUCUUGACCGUUUCUAGACAAAUUCGAUUUUGAGAGUGAUAAAUCAUGUAAAAUCAUCGAUUUACAAUCAUUUUUACAAAUUUUACAAUAAAAUACAAUAAUUUUAAGCGCUCGAACAAAACAAAAAUAGCCAAUACUACUGAAAAGGAGGAGAUUUUGCUACAAAAAUAUAGAUGACCGCGGUGGAAUUUUCAGUUUCCAGACAACUUGCUCGCUGCUGGAAAUCGAUGCGUCCACCGUGUUUCUGACCGUCCGCCCUUCGGCCACUUCCACGUUCACUCUGUGGAUUCCGGGCGAGAGAGCCACGUGGCACAUCGCCGUCUUCGUCGCCGUCGUUCUUCUGCUGCUCGCCGUCGCCAUGCUGCUCAUCGUUCAUUUCGGGAGACGAAAGACUGGAAAACUGGUCAUCAACUACUUUCAAUAA